CGCGGGCACAGCCAGGCUGCCGGCGAACAGAUCGGCGGGGACUGGGCUGCAGAGCCCGAGCGGCUGCCUCGCCUCGGAGGCCCCGCGCCGCCGCUGCCGCCACCACCGACCUGCCACUCCGCUGCCCCGCCACCCCGCCAGCGCCUCCAGCACGGCGAUCGCCAUGGCCGCUCCUCAUGUGCCCCUGGGCGGGCAAGAGGCUCGUGGAGCCCUUAGGGUCUUCCCCCUCUGAAGCCACAGAGCCUGGAGGAGCUGCCCGCUUGGUUGCUGGUACCCACUGAGUGUCCCUCAGGGGCUUAGCUCUGAGGAUCCAAGUCAGCUCAGCUAUGAGGGGGUUGCCUAGUGGGCCAGUGCCGUGAGCCCAGAAUCUGCCUUUCUGCCAAUCCCCCUACCCAGAUCAUGUGGCUACGCCUUUGUCCACUCUCGCUGCCCCUGAGCCCCGAGCCCACAGCUGGCCGGAGCCUGUGCCUUCUUCUCUGGAUCCUCAGCUUGUUGCUGAGGGCCAGUGCCCAGGCCCCAGCACCUACAGUCAAUACCCACUUUGGGAAGCUAAGGGGUUCCCGGGUGCCACUGCCCAGUGAGAUCCUGGGACCUGUUGACCAGUACCUGGGGGUGCCCUAUGCAGCACCCCCAAUUGGUGAGAAGCGCUUCCUGCCUCCUGAGCCGCCCCCAUCUUGGUCAGGCAUCCGGAAUGCCACGCACUUUCCCCCAGUGUGCCCUCAGAACAUUCACACAGCUGUGCCUGAGGUUAUGUUGCCUGUAUGGUUCACUGCCAACCUUGACAUUGUGGCCACCUACAUCCAGGAGCCCAACGAGGAUUGCCUGUAUCUGAACAUCUAUGUGCCCACAGAGGAUGUAAAGCGGAUUUCCAAGGAAUGCGCCCGAAAACCCAACAAGAAAAUAUGUAGGAAAGGAGGAUCCGGUGCUAAGAAACAGGGCGAGGACUUAGCGGAUAAUGAAGGGGACGAAGACGAAGACAUUCGGGACAGCGGAGCCAAGCCAGUCAUGGUCUACAUCCACGGGGGCUCCUACAUGGAGGGCACGGGCAACAUGAUCGAUGGCAGCGUCCUUGCCAGCUACGGCAACGUAAUCGUCAUCACCCUCAACUACCGGGUUGGGGUGCUAGGUUUCCUGAGCACCGGGGACCAGGCUGCCAAGGGAAACUAUGGGCUCCUGGACCAGAUUCAGGCCCUCCGCUGGGUGAGUGAGAACAUCGCUUUCUUUGGUGGAGACCCUCGCCGCAUCACUGUAUUUGGUUCUGGCAUUGGGGCCUCCUGUGUCAGCCUCCUCACGCUGUCCCAUCACUCUGAGGGGCUCUUCCAGAGGGCCAUCAUCCAAAGUGGCUCAGCGCUGUCCAGCUGGGCAGUGAACUACCAGCCAGUCAAGUACACUAGCUUGCUGGCAGACAAGGUGGGGUGCAAUGUGCUGGAUACCGUGGACAUGGUCGAUUGCCUACGGCAGAAGAGUGCCAAAGAGUUGGUGGAGCAGGAUAUCCAGCCAGCUCGUUACCACGUGGCCUUCGGUCCUGUGAUUGAUGGGGACGUGAUCCCUGAUGACCCCGAAAUCCUCAUGGAACAGGGCGAGUUCCUCAACUAUGACAUCAUGCUUGGUGUCAACCAGGGGGAGGGGCUCAAGUUUGUGGAGGCAGUGGUGGACCCAGAGGAUGGAGUUUCGGGUACUGACUUUGACUACUCGGUCUCCAACUUUGUGGACAACCUGUAUGGCUACCCUGAGGGCAAGGACACCCUUCGGGAGACCAUCAAAUUCAUGUACACAGACUGGGCAGACCGGGACAACCCUGAGACUCGCCGUAAAACUCUGGUGGCCCUUUUCACUGACCACCAAUGGGUAGAGCCUUCUGUGGUGACAGCUGACCUGCAUGCCCGCUAUGGCUCACCCACCUAUUUCUACGCCUUCUACCACCACUGCCAGAGCCUCAUGAAGCCAGCGUGGUCUGAUGCAGCCCACGGGGAUGAGGUGCCCUAUGUCUUUGGCAUCCCCAUGGUGGGCCCCACUGACCUCUUCCCCUGCAACUUCUCCAAGAAUGAUGUCAUGCUCAGUGCUGUUGUCAUGACCUACUGGACCAACUUUGCCAAGACUGGGGAUCCCAACAAGCCCGUCCCCCAGGACACCAAAUUCAUCCACACCAAGGCCAACCGCUUCGAGGAGGUGGCCUGGUCCAAGUAUAACCCCCGGGACCAGCUGUACCUUCACAUUGGGCUGAAGCCCCGGGUCCGUGACCACUACCGGGCCACCAAGGUGGCCUUCUGGAAGCACCUGGUGCCCCACCUGUACAACCUGCACGACAUGUUCCACUACACAUCGACCACCACCAAAGUGCCGCCCCCGGACACCACCCACAGCUCUCACAUCACCCGCCGCCCUAAUGGCAAGGCCUGGAGCACCAAGCGGCCAGCCAUUUCUCCAGCCUACAGUAAUGAAAAUGCCCAGGGCACCUGGAAUGGGGACCAGGAUGCUGGGCCUCUCCUGGUGGAGAACCCUCGCGACUACUCCACGGAGCUGAGUGUCACCAUUGCUGUUGGGGCCUCUCUCCUGUUUCUCAAUGUGCUAGCUUUUGCUGCCCUCUACUACCGCAAGGACAAGAGGCGGCAGGAGCCCCUACGGCAGCCCAGUCCCCAACGGGGUUCUGGGGGUCCCGGGGAGAUGGGAGCGGCCCCCGAGGAGGAGCUGGCAGCCCUUCAGCUAGGUCCCUCACAUCAUGAGUGUGAGGGCCCCCCAACCCAUGACCCACUCCGCCUCAGUGCCCUCCCUGACUACACCCUGACACUGCGACGUUCCCCUGAUGACAUCCCUCUCAUGACCCCCAACACCAUCACCAUGAUCCCCAACUCCCUGGUGGGGCUGCAGACGCUGCACCCCUAUAACACCUUUGCUUCUGGCUUCAACAGUACUGGGUUGCCUCACUCACACUCCACCACACGGGUAUAGCUCUCACCUGGAGCCUGGCCUUUGCCCAGCCCAGCCCAGCCCAACCCUAUCCUGCUUCUUCCCUGCCUCCCUGCCUCCCGGCACCCAUCUGUGCACACCCAUACACCUGCCAUACACACGCACAACCGCAGACACCCCCAUGUACAAACACAUAUCCAGAAUGAAACACGAGUGGACUCUUCAAAGAAGAAAGCCCCCAGCAGGCAGGCCCAGGGAGUCAGCAGCCCUGGGGCAGCAGGAACUUCUCCCUGGUGCUGCCAGCCCUUGGCACCCCCUUUCCCUUACUCUUGCCUCCACCCUACUGCCAACCACAGGCUUGGAAUCCUUCCCCGUCCUGCUGGGGCUCUGCUGGGGCUUGGGAUUUGGGGUCUUUUGUUUUCACUUUGGAAUAAGUGCUUUCAGGGCAGAAAUCCCCCCAAUCCCCCCCCAUUGCUCACAUAGCCAGGGAGCAGGGGCCCCCACUUUGGGCAGAACGCAACCUGAGCAAGAACACGGGCUGGGAAGAGGAAGUCGAUGCCAGUCACUUGGCCCCUGGCAUGACCUGGGUCAGAGGCCAUUGGGAGGGGGCUGCUUUGGAGUAGGGCCAGCUUUCACCCUGGCACCAGGUCCCACUCCACCCAGGACCUGGAUUACCCCACCUGAGUGCACUCUUGGGUGCUGCCCCUCCCCACCCUUUGGCUACUGCUGUUAGGAGCUUGCCCCCUUUUUCUUUUCAGAGUCUCUUUUCUGUCAUUUCUCUUUCAAAAGGACUUUUUAAAAAAAAAGAAAAAAAAAGAAAAAUUAGUUCUUAAAACACUAAUGGAUACCCCUGGAGUUUGUCCUUUGUACAGAUUUUAAACAUGGUGUCUUGAUAUAAAAAUAAAAACUCCGGUUAGCGCUCCCA